CGCUGAGACUGUAGAGGCACGUGAACCUGCUGAGGUGCCAUCUAAUAACUCCUUCUGCCCACAAGGAAAUGCAGUUUCAUCAGCACUACUAAAGAGCUUUGAAUUCAUAUCAGGGUGGAGGCUUUCUGCAAUUGCAAUGCCGAUAAGUGACAUGCGGCAAGAUGGCAAUGGCCUCGACACAAUGGGCGAGAUUGACAGUAAUGGCAGCUGUGAUAGCGUGGUCAGCUUCAACUCAUGCUUUAGUGAUGAAAGCCUAGAGUAUCUUUCCGCUGAGGAGAAGGCUUGUCUCAUGUACCUAGAGGAGACUAUUCAGUCAUUGGAUACAGAGGAUGACAGUGGUCUGUCUAAUGACGAAUCCCUUCAGUUGCCAGAACGAGGAAACGUAGCUAACAAAGCGGCCCACCUCUCUGCAUCAAUAACACUCAACAAGCUCCCUAGUCAAGAUAUGCCCAAAAGCCAAUCUGAAGGUCUAUAUUCAUCUGGCAGCUUCGAGCAAAAUUCAGAAAUUCUGAAUUAUAUGGUUCCUACACCGUUUGUCCUCGCAAACCAUAAUUCAAAAUUCCAAACCAGACAUGGUUUAGCUGCGUCCCAGAAAAACACAGCAUCCAAAGUGACAUCUGAAUCUGCUCAGAUCCACCAAGAAGCUCCACGAGUUCCCCCGGAGGUCAACGUGGUUGUGAUACCACCUCCGCGUAAAACCAAAAGUAGUAAAGAAACGAAAAAGGAGCAACAGAAAAAUGUGCAAUCAGAGAAUGUGGCGCACAGAGGACCGCUUUCCUAUGAAGCUCUGGUGCAGCUGCGCAAGAGUGCGUCCAUGAGGAAAACCAAUGCAAGUGAAGCUAAUUAUUCUACAAAUAAAGAUCUUAAUGAGAAAUCCCAAACCAUUUCCCAGAUUUCCAAACCUGCUCCUCCACCAGUAGCUCCUAAACCUAAAAAGAAACUAAACCAAGAAGGAGCAUCUGGAACCCAUAAGGACUCCUCCAUCCCUUACUCAGGAGAUAAAUUAAUGAAUCCAGAGAAAGUAAGAGUGGAGGCUCUUUGCAAGUUGGGUCUUCUUAAGGAAGAUGCAAAGAUCUGCAAACAGCUAAAGCAAUCUCAAUCUCAAUCCAAACCAGCAAACCAGACCUCAAGUGAACAUCUUGCAUACAGUAUCCCAGCAAGACCUGAAGAACAAAUAAAUCAGUCAGUUCAAAGAUGCAGUCCGCUCCACCAGAGGUCUGUGAGUGAUCUUUUCACAUCAUCCUCCCAUACACAACAUGCCAAUAUGACGGCAAAAUCUGCCACUUUGGAACGCACUGGAAUGGGACUGUCGGAAUCAAACACCAAUGCAGUUUCUCAGAGCCACAGGCCACGCUCUUCUACAAUAGCAACCAAUAAAGACACGCAAAUGGAUGCAAAUGAAUCAACACCCAGAAAACCAUUCAAUAUAUUGUCGUCUCGUACAAAAGUUUUCAGUGUGCCGGUUCCCAGCAUCGGAAAAGAUCGGAGAGAGGCAUUACGAAAACUAGGAUUGUUGAAAAACUGAGAUUUGUUCAGUUUUUGUACGUUUUUUUUUUUUUCCCAGGUCAAAAUCGAUGCUCCAUUUCACAAGAAUCUUAUAAUCUUAUCAGUCAUUUAUUACCACUAUUUGUUUUACAGCUUUCUUCCGAAGACAACAAUAGCUUCAAAAGAAACCGUCAAGCCUACUCAGGUUUUGAAGUGGAGAUAAAGGUUAGCAUUGUGAUUUUCGCUAGCUGGAUUUUCAUCACCUUGUUAAUAGGCAAAUUGAAAGUAUCGCAUGAGAAACAAGUGAUGGAAAUGACAAAUUUUUCAUUAAAAAUCCUUAAAUCACAAAUAAGUUUUUAUGCUCUCUUGAGGUGGUUUGGACUUGUUUUUUGGUUUCACGAAAAAGGAUUAAUGUAAAUGGAAACGCAAUUGCAGACUAAACUUGUAGCGGACAUAGACCUGUCACGAUAUAAAUUUUCUGUUGUACGAUAUAUUGCAUCAAAAUAUAUUGCGAUGGAAUCAGAAUGUGAAAACGCCUAUCAUAAAUAAAUAAUAAUAAAUGUUAACAAAAAAAAUGCAAGGUAAAAAGUAAAAGGCUGUGAUAACUGCUAACAGACCUGUUUUCAGUUGUCAGGCACCCACAUGAAAAUAUAACAAAGAAAUUUAUAGUAAAUACUAUACUAGUGUUUUUUUUAACCAUACUGACAACUCCAAGAUAGAAAUGUUGCACAAUAAGCUAAAAUGUUGCUAGAAUUGGUUUUUAU